AUACUCGACGAAUUCAAGAAGGAUUCCUCUGUGUUCAUCCUGGGAGCCCUCCAGCACUACACAGGCUCUGGGCUGCAGCUUCUGAGGAGGCCCCAGGACCUGGUCUGGAUGAGGGUCCAGUAUCAGCUUCUAGAGCUUUGGGCUCAGGAUUUAAACAAAGUCCGGGAGCGGAUGACCAAGUUUAUUGACGAUACGAUGAGGGAAACCUCAGAGCCCUUCUUGUUUGUGGAUGAGUUCCUCACAUACCUGUUCUCACGAGAAAACAGCAUCUGGGAUGAGAAAUACAACGUGGUGGACAUGCAGGACAUGAACAACCCCUUGUCACAUUACUGGAUCUCUUCCUCCCACAACACGUACCUCACUGGGGACCAGCUGCGCAGCGAGUCGUCCACAGAGGCGUACAUCCGCUGCCUGCGUGCCGGCUGCCGUUGCAUUGAAUUGGACUGCUGGGAUGGGCCUGAUGGAAAACCCAUCAUCUACCACGGCUGGACGCGGACCACCAAGAUCAAGUUUGAUGAUGUCGUGCAAGCCAUCCGGGACCAUGCCUUUGUUUCCUCCAGCUUCCCUGUGAUCCUGUCCAUCGAGGAGCACUGCAGCGUCGAGCAGCAGCGCCACAUGGCUAAGGUGUUCAAGGAGGUGUUGGGAGAUCUGCUGCUGACAAAGCCCACGGAGGCCAGUGCCGACCAGCUGCCCUCACCCUGCCAGCUGCGAGAGAAGAUCAUCAUCAAGCAUAAGAAGCUGGGUCCCCGAGGCGAUGUUGAUGUCAACAUGGAGGACAAGAAGGAUGAACACAAGACUCAGGGCGAGCUGUACAUGUGGGACUCCAUCGACCAGAAAUGGACUCGCCACUACUGUGCCAUUGCUGACGCCAAGCUGUCCUUUAGCGAUGACAUUGAACAGAAUGUGGAGGAGGAGCUGGUUCAGGACACUCCCCCUACAGAGCUGCAUUUUGGGGAGAAGUGGUUCCAUAAGAAGGUGGAGAGGAGGACCAGCGCUGAAAAACUCCUGCAGGAGUACUGUGCCGAGACGGGGGCCAAGGACGGCACCUUCCUGGUGCGGGAGAGCGAGACCUUCCCCAACGACUACACCUUGUCUUUCUGGCGGUCAGGCCGUGUGCAGCACUGCAGGAUCCGCUCCACCAUGGAAGGCGGAACCAUGAAGUACUACCUGACGGACAACACCAUGUUCAACAGCAUCUACGCCCUCAUUCAGCACUACCGGGAAACACACCUGCAUUGUGCGGAGUUCGAGCUUCGGCUUACCGACCCAGUGCCCAACCCCAACCCGCAUGAGUCUAAGCCAUGGUACUAUGACAGGCUGAGCCGGGGGGAGGCAGAGGACAUGCUGAUGCGGAUCCCCAGAGAUGGAGCCUUCCUCAUCCGUAAGCGGGAGGGGACCGACUCCUACGCCAUCACCUUCAGGGCCAAGGGCAAGGUGAAACACUGUCGGAUUAACCGGGAUGGCCGGCACUUUGUACUGGGGACCUCUGCCUACUUUGAGAGCCUCGUGGAGCUUGUCAACUACUAUGAGAAGCACGCGCUCUAUCGGAAGAUGAGGCUGCGCUACCCGGUGACCCCCGAGCUCCUGGAGCGCUACAAUAUGGAAAGAGACAUCAACUCUCUUUAUGAUGUCAGCAGGAUGUAUGUGGACCCGAGUGAGAUCAACCCUUCCAUGCCUCAGAGGACUGUGAAAGCACUCUAUGACUACAAAGCCAAACGCAGCGAUGAACUGAGCUUCUGCCGGGGUGCCCUCAUUCACAAUGUCUCCAAGGAGCCUGGGGGCUGGUGGAAAGGGGACUACGGGACCCGAAUCCAGCAGUACUUUCCAUCCAACUACGUGGAGGACAUUUCAGCAGGUGAUGUUGAAGAGUUAGAGAAGCAGAUUAUUGAAGACAACCCCCUUGGGUCUCUCUGCAGAGGUAUUUUGGACCUCAAUACCUACAAUGUCGUGAAGGCCCCUCAGGGGAAAAACCAGAAACCAUUCGUCUUCAUCCUGGAGCCCAAGAAGCAGGGGGACCCUCCCGUGGAGUUCGCCACAGACCGUGUGGAGGAGCUGUUCGAAUGGUUUCAGAGCAUCCGGGAGAUCACGUGGAAGAUGGAUACGAAGGAGAACAACAUGAGGUACUGGGAAAAGAACCAGUCCAUCGCCAUUGAGCUCUCCGACCUGGUUGUCUACUGCAAGCCAACCAGCAAAACCAAGGACCAUUUGGAAAACCCCGACUUCCGAGAAAUCCGCUCCUUCGUAGAGACGAAGGCCGACAGCAUUGUCAGACAGAAGCCGGGAGAUCUCCUGCGGUACAAUCACAAGGGCCUGACCCGAGUCUACCCGAAGGGACAGAGAGUUGACUCUUCAAACUAUGACCCCUUCCGGCUAUGGCUCUGCGGCUCCCAGAUGGUGGCGCUCAAUUUCCAGACUGCAGACAAGUACAUGCAAAUGAACCAUGCGUUGUUUUCGCUCAAUGGGCAGACGGGCUACAUCCUGCAGCCCGAGAGCAUGCGGUCUGACAAGUACGACCCGAUGUCCCCAGAGUCGCAAAGGAAGAUCUUGAUGACUCUCACCGUCAAGGUUCUUGGCGCACGCCACCUCCCCAAACUUGGGCGGAGUAUUGCCUGUCCCUUUGUAGAGGUGGAAAUCUGUGGAGCCAAAUAUGACAACAACAAGUUUAAGACAACGGUUGUGAAUGACAAUGGCCUCAGCCCUGUCUGGGCACCAACACAGGAGAAGGUGACCUUUGAAAUUUAUGACCCAAACCUUGCGUUUCUGCGCUUUGUGGUCUAUGAGGAAGACAUGUUCAGUGACCCCAACUUCCUGGCUCAUGCCACGUAUCCCAUUAAAGGCAUCAAAUCAGGUAAGGACGUUGUAGCCAACAUGUUCAUUUGGGGGAGAAGGUUCUUUGAUCUGCACUGUGGGUAUCAGAAGAACACAGCAGCAUUUUCUUGGUUUAGAGGAUCACAAGGCUGAUCAGAAUGUCCUUAUGGGGUCUGGCUUCUCUCCCUAUGAUGUUCAGCACCCAGGUACCACCUCAAGACAACUUCCUCCUUCUCCAUCCUGAGACAGAAGAUCAGAGAUCUUUCUGGAUUCCCCAAGGGGUCACUGUUCCCAUGUUUCCUAGCAAUCAUUUUUUUCAAGAGAAAGAAAUUGCUAUCCUUUCUGCCAUUUAUAUCAAAAUAUGGUCCUUUGAUGUUUGGAAGCCCGGAGUCCAUGCAGAGCUGAACUGGGUCUUUGUAAAACGUGGACCAGUCACAUGUUUUCUCAUGAAGUCUCUCCACCUCUUCAGCCAUUUCUGCCGCUCAGCUUACCCUGACUCUGGGAAGGAGUGUCAGCAGCUCCUGUUAGCAAGUGCUGGUUCCUGGGCUCACCACAGGUUGCUCUGAUUCAGUCCAGGGUUGGUUAACUCUCCUGGAGGUCCUGGGUCAUGCUGGGAGAAUGAGGCUGGGUCACAGCUGCCCAUCUUAGCUCGGGGGACUACAACACCUAUGUGAGAAUUUGGGGAGAUGCUUAAACCCUCUCACUUGUUUUCAGCUGUUCUGAAAUAGCAUUUGAAUAAAUUAUGAUCACGAGCACCCCUCCUUGGCUGGCGUGCUGAUGCUGUGGCUGAGAGUAAACUUGGCAAUUGAACUGGGGGUUUUGCCACGUGUCUUUCUUAGAUUAGCCCGAUAAACAAGGCUCAGGAAUGAUGCUGUCUCCUCCCAGGCAGGAAGUGUAUCUCUGGGUAAAUCCUCUGGGUCUGGAUCCUGGUCUUAAUGUCCUCUUGGCUUUAGGGAACCAGUGUCAUGCUCCCCACCCUGGUGCUUGAAGGGUGGGGAAGGCAGCCCUUGGAAUGCGGUCAGAGUCAAGGUCACUGCUCUUCACCUUAUGGGCUAGUGAGUCAGUUCGUGUAGAUGACAAGUUAGCUUGGAAAUUAAAAAAAAAAAAAAGGA